AUGGCAUACAUAAGCGCAGCCUUCUGCAUUUCAAUAGUAACUAUCAUCCAAACUGUUUUCAUAGUUUGCAGCAGAACUGUUAAACGACUGUGUUCCCAACCAGCAGCAUCCACCUCCGAAACAAUAGCUAACCGCAUUCAUUGUGUUUCGUCUGCUCGUUCUGAGGCAGAUAGCAUGCUGAAGAUGGGAUUCCAGCAACAGGUCCCUGAAGAGCAUCAGACGCUGUUGACUUCAGCCACCAUUCCCACAGGAACAGAACAGCUAGCGGCCUCUCACCCGUGACCCCGUGACCCCGUGAGCAUUACCAUCGGUCAGAAGAACCAACCCUGCACCAACGUCCGUCAGGCAGUCCUCUGCGUGGAGGAGCCGUCAAAGAAAAAGAAGCUCUUUGAGAUUUUAAAUGACAGAAAGCUUUACCAGCCACCAGUAGUUGUGUUCGUGGACUGCAAACUUGGGGCUGAUUUGUUGUGUGAAGCUGUGCAAAAGGUCAUGGGAUUGAACGCAGUUGCGAUCCACUCGGACAAGCUGCAGUGGGAACGCAACAAAAUUGUAAAGGGUCUUCUCGAGGGCCAGUUUGAAGUGGUGGUCAGCACUGGGAUUCUCGGUAGAGGACUGGACCUGGUCAAUGUGAAGCUGGUAGUGAACUUUGACAUGCCAGCUAACACGGAUGAGUAUGUUCAUCAGGUAUGACGUGCUUCAUGAAUACACUGGUGCUUCUCAUUUCUUUAAGGAAUCAUUCAGAUUGGUCGAGCGGGUCGGCUGGGCCACAGAGGCACCGCUGUCACCUUCAUGAAUAACAACAACAAGCGGCUGUUUCUGGACAUUGUGAACCGAGUGAAACCCACGGGCUUCAUCCUGCCGCCACAGCUCCUCAACAAACAA